GCUAUCGAUUCCACGAAGAAACCCGGCGCCCGUCAACUGUAAACAUGGAUUUCUGUUAGCUGAGUUAGCUAGUAAACGGCGCGGGUAGAGGUUACGGUGUUUUUACAUAUUUAGUUCACUUAUAAUAAAACUUUGUGUAAAAACAAUUGGAUUUAUUCAUGUAUAAGAGAAUUAUAAAUGACAGAAUAACUCGCUGAUAUACGGAGAACAUCGUAGUGGGACAUUGAAGUUAGUAGAGUCGCUGUGAUUUUAGUACACCCUUAUUUUAUGAGCCUCAUUCCUCAAAAGUGAAGAUUAUCGUUAUAUAAAACGAAGCACAAUAACUGAAACGCUGCCAUGGAUUUUAGUUGACAAUUUAACUCAACACCAGGGAUCUGAUUAUCCUUGCAACCUCAGUUCUUUUGAUUUCCUCAUAAUUUACGUAACCAUGGCAACUCUUACAAGACAGGAUCUGAACUUUGGACAAGUGGUGGCUGAUAUCCUGUGUGAGUUUCUGGAAGUGGCCAUCCACCUCAUCCUGUAUGUGAGAGAAGUUUAUCCUUCUGGCAUUUUCCAAAAGAGGAAGAAAUACAAUGUGCCUGUUCAGAUGUCAUGUCACCCUGAGCUGAAUCAGUACAUCCAGGACACACUACAGUGUGUUAAACCACUUAUUGAGAAGAAUGAAGCAGAGAAAGUGGUGGUUGUUAUCAUGGAUAAAGAGCACCAUCCAGUGGAGAGAUUUGUGUUUGAGAUCUCGCAGCCUCCUUUGCUGUCUAUCAGCUCGGACUCACUGCUGUCUCAUGUGGAACAGUUGCUGAGAGCUGUGAUUUUGAAAAUCAGCGUGUGUGAUGCUGUUUUAGACAGCAACCCUCCAGGAUGCACAUUUACUGUUCUGGUUUACACCAGAGAAUCUGCCACUAGAAACAUGGAAAAAGUUCAGGUGAUCAAGGACUUUCCCUGGAUUGUAGCAGAUGAGCAAGAAGUCCUAAUGCAGGAGCCCAGACUUAUUCCUCUGAAAACCAUGACAUCAGACAUAGUAAAGAUGCAGCUUUAUGUGGAAGAACGUGCACACAAGGGACAGCAAAAUGUACCAUAAAAAAUGCACCUAAAGAGGUUUUCUUUUUGGUUCUGAUCCUCAUUUCAGUUCUUUAAGUAUAACAGUAUCUUGAUCAGUACCCCUACUCAAGUGUUAAGCAAAAUAGCAACCGUUUUUUUUUAAACACCUGCUUCCUGUUUUCAUUCUGCUGCCGCACUUUUAGUACAAAAUGUUCUGAGGUCGGUGGGUAUACAGUAUGAGUAUUUUUACCUGCGAUCUGCCUAAUAUCCAGUGACAUCAUACUGUUGGAAUAAUGCAUGGAUUAGCAGAAAUCGUCAUUUUUUUUAUGUCAGAAAGCUUUUCCAUCACUAUUUGGAGAAAAAAGUGAGUGAGUAACUUGAGCUGCUACAUUUGACUUUUUGUUGGAAGAUAAAACGUAAAAAAAAAAACUAUUUGUUUAAUUUGUGGUUGUUUUCAUUCUGGUUGUUUUUUUUCUUGGGCUGUAUCUUUACAUGAUGUGGACUAUAAUGAAAUUUUACCAUCAUUAAAUUUUUUAUACCUCUAUAUUAUCUGGAUAUUUUUAAAGCACCUAAGGUGUACAAUCUUAUGGUAUUUAUUUUUACUUCUUUUAUGUCCACUUGUACCUUAUUCAUACAUUCCAAUGUAAUUUUACCUAAUAUAAGGUUAGUUGAUGCAGUUAAAGAUAUACAAUUUUGCCUACAGAAUGACACAUAAAAUGACUUAUCCAGAUUUAAUGGACAGUAUAUUUCUUAUCAAUGUUCCUAAAAUAGUCAUUAACAGAUUAAAUAUUAAAUCACAUUGGAUAACUUAUGGUUUGCUGUUGAGUAUAAUAUACUGUAGUUGACAUCCUCUACAUGAUUGCAGUUUUUUUGUAAAGACACACACGGAGUUGGCCCCCGAGUGGCGCAGUGGUAAAGUGCUCGCCCUAUCAUCCGGGAAUCGCUAGUUCGAUUCUUGGGUGAUGCUGUAGCCUCCUGCAGCCGGGCGGGGGGGGGGGGCGCGCCUAGAGAGAGAUGAUUGGCUCUCAGCGGGUUGGGAGAGCUACUAGUGAUGGAGGGUAAUUGGAUACAACUAAAUUAGGGAGAAAAUUGAAACUAAAGCAACCCCAGAUCAUAACACUGUCUCCAGAGGCUUGUGCAUUGGUCACAAUGCAUGAUCGAUGCAUCGCUUCCAGCCAUUCAUUUCUUACUCUGAAGCACCCAUCACUCUUGAAUAUUGUCUGUCUGGAUUCAUCAGACCAACUAACAUUUUUCCAUUACUCCUUUUUUUCUGAUUAGCCUCACUGACAAGUGAUUUUGUAAAACACUUAUUGCCACACAGUGGUUUAAUCUUGUGAUUUUUCGCUGUACUGUUGAAAUGCUUUUACUUUCACGAUUAAAAAUAUCUGUGAUUUCUC